AAAGCUAUGGCCCGCCUGGACGUCACCGAGACCUUCCACCACAUCUCCUUCCCCGGACACCUGCACACCCAAGAGUCCCUGAGCUAUGCCACUGGCUUCCAGUUCCAGGACUCGGACACGCUCAUCGUCACCUACCCUAAAUCCGGGACCACAUGGAUGCAGGAGGCACUGACACUGGUGUUCAGCAAGGGGGACAGCACCCUGGCCCACUCCAUGCCCAACUGGGCACGAGCCCCCUGGCUGGAGCAGUACUACUGCCCCGAGGUGCUGAGGGCAUCUCGGGGGCCCCGAAUCAUCACCACGCACCUGCCCUAUCACCUGCUGGCCCCUGCCCUCCAGGGCUCCAAGGCCAAGGUCAUCUAUGUGGCGAGAAACCCAAAGGAUGUCGCCGUGUCUUAUUACCAUUUCCACAAGAUGGCCAACUUCCUACCUGAGCCUGGCUCCUUCGGGGAGUUUCUCAGUGAAUUCCUGAGUGGAACAGUGCACUACGGGUCUUGGUUUGACCAUGUAAAAGGGUGGACCAGUCAAGCAAGAAACCUGAACUUUUUCUAUAUCACUUACGAGGAGAUGUGGCAGGAACUGAGAGGCUCGCUGGAGAGGCUCAGCACCUUUCUACAGUGCCCCCUGGUGGCGGCAGAGUUGACCAGCGCCCAGCAGCACUGUACCUUCAGCAGCAUGAAGGAGAACAGCAUGGUGAACUACACGCUGAUUCCAGAGGAGAUCAUGGACCACACCAAGGGCCAGUUCAUGAGGAAAGGCAAAAUUGGUGAUUGGAGGAAUACUUUCACGGAGGAACAGAACCGUAACUUUGACGAGGUCUUUAAGGCUGAGAUGCAGGACUCACAGUUGAGGUUUGUGUGGGAAUCUCCAGAGAAGCUUGAUUCCCCCGAGUCCCUGAAAACAAGGACAGUUACCCAGAAUCCCACUCUCCAGGGAGCCUGAGCUCCUGUAAGCACCCGCCCUGUAGCGUUCAAUGUCUAUAAACUGUGGGCGCAUAUGAAAGCUUCAUUAAUACACUGUAAUUCACGUCUCAAAAAGCUCAAUUAAUAUCGGACAUUCUUAAAAGUGUAUCUUUUUUCAUUUAGAAAUGUUUUUCAACAAAUUUUUAUGAAGUAUGUUAUGAGGAU